AGGUACCAUGGCGAAUCCUUUUAGCAAGUGGAGGGAGACAGAGAUCGGUGAACAAGUGGAACACGUUGUGAGAGCUUUGUUCUCUCGGUUUGGUCUGGACAACACCGAGUCUCUCAGCUUCUACCACUCGACAGCCCAGCGCCAAGUUCAAGUUUGCGACCUCAAGUGGAGGAUUUGGCACCAUGCCCUUCGUCACGUCCUUCAGACGACCGUCCCGGAUGUUUACUUGCUCGCAAUCUUCGCUGCUGACUUCUAUGUACAGCAGCUGCCUCCCUUUUCCUUUAUGUUCCAGGACGUGGCCAAGAUUUUCGAUGACGAGAAGGAUGGUAUCAUCUUCAACAUAGAUGCGACCGAAGAAGCACUGGCAUCCAUGGCGGACGCAGUGGCGAAAGUCCCUUCGACUUGCAUGCCACAAACAAUCGUCAAGGAUGCUGCUCGGCUGUUUGACAUGAGUGAGGCAGCCUGCGAUGUUAUACAUACCUGGCUGGUACUUCAGCUUGACGGGGAGAGCUACGAGCAGGCGAUGGAAUGGCUGGCUGCUUUCGAGACGCGGGCUCUUGCGGACGCUGCCACUCACGCUGCACUGGUGUUUUUCGCAGAGAACUACCAGUCUCCACCGUCGGAGGAGAUAAUCGAGCUGCUUGUCCCAUGGCUUGAUACCGUCCCAAGGAUAGAGUGCAAGUCGAUUGAACUCACUGCUGCUGUCCGCCAGAUGCUCGAGGAAGUGAAACUGCGAGGCACUGACAUCGAGAAUGUCAGUGCUGCGACGAGUGCUUUUGUCGAAGACUGGCUCACAAAUCGUUCGCGACUUUACCGAAAGCAACGAUGGGACUUCCACCCGUACAGUGACGAGAGCGAGACAAUGGGCCGCUUGCUCUACACCUGGACGUUGACGACGAGAGGCAAGAGUGAUCACGCGGAGCUCCAGAAGCUGUGCGGGGUCACCACCAAGUCGUUCGUGGAGCACGUCAAGUGGAGCCUCCAGGGAGCUGCCGACGACGAGGAGGGGGACAGGUGCGAGGAGCUUUACGAUGCGGCAGCCAGCGUUUUCGGAGCAGCAUUCCGCGGUGUCUUUGUGAGCCUGUGCGAGAACUGUCGCUGGAAGGAAUCGGGAAUGCUCGAGUGCUCGCUGGAAGAGCUCCAGGGGAUACGAGCUAGAGCGUGGAAUGGGCGGUAUCAAGUUCACAAACCUCGGCUGGAAACACGGAUGAGUCAGAUCAACGACAUGAUCAUCUACCUGGUUGACAUGAUCUACGAGGAUCACUACAAGAACGACUAUUUGCUUCCUCGCGAGUACUGGAGGCAAGACUGCCAAGAUGUACUGUUUUGCAAGAACUUGGGCGUGAAACUGGAGAAAGCAGAGAAGGGUGUGUAUCUCCUGGAAGAUUUCAUAUUCAAAUCUAUGAAUGUAGCGCCUUGUUAG